AUGGAAGCAGUAAUGGGGUACUGCAGUAAUGAGUUUGGAAUGGAGGAAACAAAUUCAAAUAGUGUAGAGUUCGGAAUGGGAGAAUCAAGUGUUAUUGGAAUUGAAACUGCGGCCAAUUCUGUAAAUGCUCCUAAACCACUACUAGGAAUGAAGUUUAAUAGUCAUGAAGAAGCUUAUAACUAUUAUAACUCUUAUGCAUUGUUGAUGGGUUUUGGAAUAAGGAAGAGCAGUGUGAAUUACUCUCACAAGACUAGAGAAGUGGUAGACAGAAAGUUUGUUUGUGAUAAGGAGGGCUAUAAAUCUAAUAGUGGCAAGAUAGAGAUCCCUCUUCGGCGAGAGACCCGAGUGGGGUGUAAGGCAAUGAUGCGAGUUAAAUUAUUGGAGGACAAAUCGUGGGAGGUUACAGGGUUUGUUGAAGAACAUACAAAUCAUGUGUUGAGUAGUCCAGACAAAGCAAAAAUGCACAGAUCACAUCAACAAUUUCAUAAAACUCAAAGAUGUAAAAAACUUAUUGAUAGUCUGCGAGAAGAAGGUAUGCCUCCUUCCACUAUUUCUCGCGUUAUCAAUGCAACCAAUGGAAGAGACGGUGAACUUGUGACAUCACAACAGUGCAUUGAUCAUAUCAGAACCCAAAGAGUCAACAAUAUUGGUCAUGAAUGCAUAUCUAUCAUUCGACAUUUUCAGAGUAUGACAGCGAAUGAUCCAGAAUUUUAUUUUGCAAUAGAAGUAGACAGUAGUGGACAAAUGAGGAGUGUAUUCUGGGCCGACGGAAGAUCAAGAGCAUCUUAUUUGCAAUUCAGUGAUGUUAUUGUGUUUGAUGUGACAUACAGAACUAAUAAGUUCGGUCUUCCAUUUGCUCCAUUUACUGGUGUAAAUCACCAUAGGCAGUCCACUUUACUUGGUUGUGCAUUAUUAGCCGAUGAACAGGAAGAUACCUUUUUUCAAAGGUAUUGGGGCUUGUGGUGCAAUAGUUCUUCAAUUGAACAAUGUGAAGGAUAUUGGGUUGAGAUGAAAGAGAAGUUUGAUAUAAAUGAAGAAGGGGAGGGAUGGUUGCAAACAGUUUACAAAUGCAGAGAACACUGGGUGCCGUGUUAUCUGAAGGACACUUUUUUUGCUGGAAUGAGAUCGAGCCAAAGGAGUGAAAGUAUUAAUGCAUUUUUUGAUGGGUAUGUUAACUCACAGACUCAGUUACACGAGUUUGUGACACAAUAUGAAAAAGCAGUAACUCAUCGUCGCUUAAGUGAAGCCCAUGAAGAUUUUAAGAGUCUGAACACAAAGCCGGUUAUGCUCCUUGGACAUCCAAUUGAGAUCCAAGCUGGAGAAAUGUAUACACGCAAUAUGUUUGAUGUGUUCCAUACUGAAUUCAAAGGAUUUGGUACAGAGUUCUGUGAAGAAUUGAGAAAAGAUGGGGACAUUGUUGAAUACAAGGUCUGUAAGUUUACAGAUAGAGGAAAAUAG